CGGAAGUAUAAAAGACGAGAGACGAUCGUGACACGAUGAUACUCGUGCACAGUUCACGGUUUGGAGACGAUGGCUACUCGUCUCGGUUCACGCUCGAUCGUUGUCCUUCUGGUGUCCUUGUUCGCCGUUCAGGUGACGGGACGAGAGAUCUGCGAUAAAACGAAAUGUCCCGGCAUAUUGAGACAUUACGAGGCGCUCGGUUGCACUCCUGUGUACAAGAAUCCGAACGAUUGCUGCGCGGAAUCGUACAACUGCACUCACCUGGACAAUUUGGCACGAGAUAAAUGCUACGUGAACGGCCACGAAUACAGCGAUGGAGAGGUGCUGAGACCCGAGGACGCCAAUCCUUGUGACAUUGGUUGCAAGUGUAUGAUCAUUAACGAUGCAGCUACCUUUGUAUGCGCGGCCGUAGAUUGCGCUUUUAUUUCGGCGGGGGAAAAUUGUUUCCACAGAUACAGCCAUAAUAGUUGUUGUCCAAACUCGGUACCGACUUGUCUGAAAGAAGGAGAGAAGAGGGCGACUUGUGAGGUUGAUGGCAAAGUUUAUAAUGACGGAGAAUACUUUAACCCAAGAUCUGAUCCGGAUUUGGAUUGUUACUGCAUGCCUGGAUACACAGGUGAAAAUAUCGAGCCCUUCUGCAAGAAAAUGAACCAUCCUCAUUGCUCUCCGUUGUUCAGAAACGGUGGAUCUAUAUUCCAAAAAUGUGCCCCCGUGUUUUACGACGAUCAUCAAAAUCCGCAAACGGAUUGCAGCUAUGAUACGAGAUGUCAAAAUUCGGACGACGUUAUUAUCCAUAAUCAUGACCACACUAAAUCUAUUUCCGAGGAAGAAGACAAAGUAUGCAAAUUCGGUAAUAUGACGAUGCACAUAGGCGACGAAUUGGAUCAAGGAACCAAUUAUGAUUCUCGUUGCGUGAAAUGUGUGUGCGAAGUACCUCCAAUUCCUACGUGUCGAAGGCUUCCGGACAGCGAAUGCCACAAUAGUUAUGCGUAUCCAUUCAUAAAAGUUCUAUAAAUAAUCUGUGAUUAUUUAUUACCAAUAAUACGAUUUUCCAAAGAUGUUAUAUAACUCAUUGACAGUUUUAAGUGUUUUAAAAAAAAUUACAACAUACAUGUAGAAUCUCUGAUACACAGUGAAAGCAUUGUUUUUCUUUUAAUUAAACAACUUUUUAUUCUUA